CACACCUCCACGCCAUGGUCGUAAAGCACCAGGAUGUAUAAAUAAGGGAGCAAAGGGAGAAGAGGAAUCAGAAACUGACCAGACCAGAUGAAGAUGGAGCUCGCCGGGGUUAACUGGGUGCUUGCAGCUGCAGGUCUUCUUCUGUGGACCACUGGUGGGUCGGCUGCACCCAUGGAGUGCCACUUUAACUCCAGAGCACUGUGUGUGUUCGAGGGGAGGCACUACUCACUGGGGGAAACCUGGAUGGACAACAUGUGUAUGCAGUGCACCUGUCUGCACCCUGUCGGUGUCGGUUGCUGCGAGACGGUACAACGGCCCGUGGAUUUCCCUGCGUGGUGCAAGGUGCGGGUGGAACAAGUGACCUGCAAAGUGUCCCUGGUCCAGACAGCCGACCCCCGCCUGCCCUGCACCCCAGAUGAGGACAUCAAGGACCCCAGCCACGGAUCACUUCAGCAACAACUCGACGGGUAGAAACCCACUCAGACCAGCGACUAUCUGUUCAAUCGGUUUGCCUGUGAAACCAAUAUUCACUACAGUUAAAUACCAGUAACCAUUUUAUACACAUACUGUACAAAUAUCAAACUUUAACAGCAUCUGUACUUUUUGGAUUGUAUCAUCAAUGAAGGAAAUGUGUCUGUGAAAAUAUAUUUAAGUAAAACUCCAGCAGAGAAUUUAUUUUAACACUGAGCACCAAAUGAUGUACCAUGUUAACACAUUUAGACAUCUAUCUUUUUAAGAUAUACUUCAUUUUCAGUAUAUGUUUGAAUUUAGUUAUCACAGUAAACUCUUUGACUGCUUCUUGAAUUAAUCCAACAAUGACUUAUUGUAAAUAUAAGCAAAUAUAUACAUACACUAAUAUUUAUGACAAUCCAUGUUGAAUUUGACCUGUUCUC